AUGGGUGCAGCACAGGAACAAACAGCAGAGAAGACAGGCAGCCAAACUGCCGCCAUUAAGCCGGUACGCUACUUGCGCAUAUUUUCCUUCUCUCUAAGGCACUACCGCCACUCCUGCGGCGUAACUGCUUUUGCGAAUACGGGUGCUGCACUGCGGCGAUGGCACAGUUCAACCAAACUUCGUCCCUCCUCCUCCCACUUGGACGUUAAGCCCUCCCCCUUCCUGCAUUCUGAUUGGCCAGGCAGGCGGAGACCUUCGCGGCGAUUGGAGGCGGCUGGCGGGAGGUGGGGUAGGUUGCGUGAAGGUAAUAAAGUUAGUGGGGCUGCCUCGGUGCGCGCUAGACGCGGCGGCGAGUCGGCUCUCUAUGGAGGUGGCGGAGGGCAGUGUCGGGCGGUUGCUGCUUCUGCAGUGCCGCCGGGACCCGGGGAAGCGGACAAGGCCUUAGGGAAGAUUCUUCGUUGUCAAGCCGCCAAAGUGGAGAGUGCGAUUGCAGAAGGGGGUGCUUCUCGUUUCAGUGCUUCUUCAGGCGGAGGAGGUGGUAGGGGUGCACCUCAGCACUAUCCCAAGACUGCCAGCAACAGCGAGUUCCUGGGGAAAACCCCAGGGCAAAACGCUCAGAAAUGGAUUCCUUCACGAAGCACUAGACGAGAUGACGACUCCGCAAACGACAAAGAACGACAUGAUGCAAUCUUCAGGAAAGUAAGAGGCAUACUAAAUAAGCUUACUCCUGAAAAGUUCGACAAGCUAUGCCUUGAGCUCCUCAAUGUGGGUGUAGAGUCUAAGCUCAUCCUUAAAGGGGUCAUACUGCUGAUCGUAGACAAAGCCCUUGAAGAGCCCAAGUAUAGCUCACUGUAUGCUCAACUAUGUCUGCGACUGGCAGAAGAUGCACCCAACUUUGAUGGCCCAUCUGCAGAGAGUCAUCCAGGACAGAAGCAAAGCACAACAUUCAGACGCCUCCUAAUAUCUAAACUUCAAGAUGAAUUUGAAAACAGAACCAGAAAUGUUGAUAUCUAUGAUAAGCAUGAUGGUCCCCUCCUCCCUGAGGAGGAGGAACAGAGAGCCAUUGCCAAGAUCAAGAUGCUGGGGAACAUCAAAUUCAUUGGAGAACUUGGCAAGCUUGACCUUAUUCAUGAAUCUAUCCUUCAUAAGUGCAUCAAAACACUUUUGGAAAAGAAGAAGAGAGUCCAACUCAAAGAUAUGGGGGAGGAUUUGGAGUGCCUCUGUCAGAUAAUGAGGACAGUGGGACCUAGAUUAGACCAUGCAAAAGCCAAGUCCUUAAUGGAUCAGUACUUUGCCCGUAUGCGCUCCUUGAUGUCAAGUAAGGAAUUGCCAGCAAGGAUUCGUUUCCUGCUGCAGGAUACUGUGGAGUUGAGAGAACACAACUGGGUUCCUCGCAAAGCUUUUCUUGACAAUGGACCAAAGACUAUCAAUCAAAUCCGUCAAGAUGCGGUAAAAGAUCUAGGAGUUUUUAUUCCUGCUCCUAUGUCUCAAGUGAUGAGAAGCGACUUCUUUCUGGAGGGACCCUUUAUGCCACCCAGGAUGAAACUUGACAGGGACCCACUCGGAGGGCUUGCUGAUAUGUUUGGACAAAUGCCAGGUAGUGGAAUUGGUACUGGUCCAGGAGUUAUUCAGGAUAGAUUUUCACCCACUAUGGGACGCCAUCGUUCAAACCAACUUUUCAAUGGCCAUGGGGGUCACCUCAUGCCUUCUGCUCAACCCCAGUUUGGAGAACUAGGCAAAUCUUUUCUGAAAAGUCAGGGGCAAAGCCAGCUCUACCAUAACCAGAAUCAGGGACUCUUAUCCCAGCAACAAGGACAGUCGAAGGAUAUGCCACCUCGGUUUUCUAAGAAAGGACAGCUUAAUGCAGAUGAGAUAAGCCUGAGACCUGCUCAGGCUUUUCUAAUGAAUAAAAACCAAGUGCCAAAGCUUCAGCCCCAGAUAACUAUGAUUCCUCCCAGUGCUCAACCACCACGCACUCAGACGCCACCUUUGGGACAGCCUCCUCAACUUGGUCUUAAAACAAAUCCACCACUUAUACAAGAAAAGCCUGCAAAGACCACCAAGAAGCCACCUCCUUCUAAAGAAGAGCUACUUAAACAAACUGAAGCUGUUGUGACUGAUUAUCUGAAUAAUGGCAAUGCUAAUGAUGCUGUCAAUGCUGUGAGAGAAAUGAGAGCUCCAAAACACUUCAUUCCUGAGAUGUUGAGCAAAGUAAUCAGUCAGUCCCUCGAUCGAUCAGAUGAAGACAAAGAGAAAGCAAGUACUUUGAUCAGCUUACUCAAACAGGAGGGAAUAGCCACAAGUGACAACUUCAUGCAGGCAUUCCUGAAUGUAUUGGACCAGUGCCCCAAAUUGGAGGUGGACAUCCCAUUGGUGAAAUCCUACUUAGCACAGUUUGCAGCCCGUGCCAUUAUUUCAGAACUGGUGAGCAUUUCCGAACUGGCUCAACCACUGGAAAGUGGCACCCAUUUCCCUCUGUUCCUGCUUUGCCUUCAGCAGUUAGCUAAGUUGCAAGAUCGUGAAUGGCUAACAGAAUUGUUCCAACAAAGCAAAGUGAAUAUGCAGAAAAUGUUACCAGAAAUUGAUCAGAACAAGGACCGCAUGCUGGAGAUCUUAGAAGGGAAAGGGCUUAGCUUCUUAUUCCCACUUCUGAAACUGGAGAAGGAACUGCUAAAGCAAAUAAAAUCAGAUCCAUCCCCACAAGCCAUCUAUAAGUGGAUUAAAGAUAACAUUUCACCCAAGCUUCAUGUAGAUAAAGGAUUUGUGAAUAUAUUGAUGACCAGUUUCUUGCAGUAUAUUUCCAGUGAAGUAAACCCACCUAGUGACGAAUCAGAUUCUUCAUCUGCUCCAUCAAAAGAGCAACUAGAGCAGGAAAAACAACUGCUUCUUUCCUUCAAGCCAGUAAUGCAGAAGUUCCUCCAUGACCAUGUUGAUCUGCAAGUGAGUGCUUUAUAUGCACUCCAGGUGCACUGCUACAACAGUAACUUUCCAAAAGGCAUGUUACUGCGCUUCUUUGUUCAUUUCUAUGAUAUGGAGAUCAUUGAAGAAGAAGCCUUUUUGGCAUGGAAAGAAGAUAUUACUCAAGAGUUUCCAGGAAAAGGCAAAGCUUUAUUCCAGGUAAACCAGUGGCUGACCUGGCUGGAAACUGCUGAAGAAGAAGAAUCUGAAGAAGAAGCUGACUAAAGAACCAGCCAAAGCCUUAAAUUGUGCAAACAUACUGUUGCUAUGAUGUAACUGCAUUUGACCUAACCACUGCGAAAAUUCAUUCCGCUGUAAUGUUUCACAAUAUUUAAUGCAGAUGUAUGUCAAUAGGAUAUCUUCUGCAAAAGGUUUUUGUAGUAUGUCUUAAUAGUCUACAAUAAAAAUAUUUUAGAGUAUCUUUAAUGUUUAGAUAACAGUGUAUUAGCAGCAUGCAAUAAUUACAUCAUAAGUUCUCGAGCAGAAGCAGUCUGUUGCAAGGGUCUUCUUUGCUGCCAGUUAUCAUAGGCUGUUUUUAAGUUAGAAAACUGAAUAGCAACACUGAAUACUGUAGAAACGCACUUUGCUCAGUGUAAUACUUGAGUUGUUGCAAUAUUUGAUUAUCCAUUUGGUUGUUACGGAGAAUCCUUAACUGUAAUCGAUGGUUGUUGCCGUAAUAGUAUAUUGCCUGUAUUUCUACCUCUAGUAAUGGGCUUUAUGUGCUAGAUUUUAAUAUCCUUGAGCCUGGGCAAGUGCACAAGUCUUUUUUUUUAAAAGAAACAGUUUACUUGCACAAAAACUGAUCAGCUGGACAGAUGAUUUAAUGCCCUUUGGAAGAGGUUUUUGUGGGUGUGAAACAUGACACGGUGAGAAAUUUGAAUUGGUCCCUCUAUUAUAGUAUUGAAAUUGAGUCUACUUAACUUAUCAAGACAUGUUCAUGCCCUGAUUUUAUAUACUUGUAUCUAUCAAUAAACAUUGUGAUACUUGACUUGUUUUUGAAUGUUUCCCAGCAGAAGGGCUUUGACUGACAAGUAUUUUCUGAAUAGAACAUCGGUAGGAGUUUACUUAGACUGUGGGAACAUCUUAGGAUUCUUUUUAUAGAAGGUCUGUCUCAAUUUGUUCAUGAAUUCUCAAUAAGAUCACAGACCAGAGCAGACACUGAUUUGCUGUGUCAGGAGGAUAAUUAACAGAUACCUGCUGAAGGAAUAAGUAUGACCUUGCCUUGUGAUUCAGUGAGUAAUCUGCCUUUUUUCUUCCUGAUGCUUGAAACUUUCUCUCAAGUUCCCGUAUUUUUAAUGAAGUGGCACUGACUAAUUCACUGUUUCUCAAGUAAUGAAAUCAGAAACAACAACAGAGUGUCAGCUUAAAAUGUCAUCUAUUAAAUGCUCAAAAUACCUUACUUUCUGAAACUUUGUUCCGAGUGAAAUUUUUUUUCCGUCAGUGGUUUUUUGCUGACUUUCAAAGGUGGCACGUUUGUAGUAACAAAAGUUUUCUUCUUGAUGGAGACUUGUUUUUGCUAGUGCUGGAAGUGCUUCAGACUGUGUCUUUCACAUGGUAGAAGAUGAAAAUGCUGCGAAAGAAAAAAAGAUUUGAGAUCUUGAUAACAAGUUUACUUUGAGGGAAGAGUAGUUUGCAUUUAAGUGUGUUAAAGGGCUGUGACUAGUUAAAUGGGUGUGGUUCUUGCAUUGCUGGCACUCUUAUCUAGGGCAGGCUUCCUGACCAGUUGAAAGCAGUGUACUUUGAAAUUAGACUCUUUCAUUGGAUUUCUAAAGUUGGGUCAGUAACUUGAUUGAGGACAUGGUAAAAUGCAAUAUGUCACCUAGUGUAUCACUGCAUUUAUUGUGCUAAUCCAGAUCACAUGCGUAAGGAAGGGGGUGUCUAAACUGAAUUGCUAGCAAGUAUUUUGGCUACCCUUACCACUUCCUGUCUGUAUUUCAAUAUAGUGGUGCAGCUAGCAGUAACUUGUGGAUUCCUAGCUCAAGUAAGAGAAAACAUGAAGGUAUGUUUAAGCAGCUUGAGGUGGGGGAAGUGACUGCUUCUGCUGAUGUAGUUGCAACUUCUGAGAGUGGUGGUAGUUCCAUCAUAGGGCCUCUGAAUGCAUUCUUCCAGUCAUAGUUUUCAUAAAUUAAAGGCUAUUCUGCGUUUCUUUGUAGAGGAAUAUAGUUGGUGCUUAAGGAGCUGCCGUACUCAGCUUUGCUUCUUGUCAGAUAAAUGCUCCACAGGUGUUCGCAUCCUACAUAGUGAGGUUCAGCAGUCAAACAAAAAAUACAAUCUUAUGUUAUUUCACAUCUAAACAGUCAUUUCAGCUGAUCAGUUUGGUGAUGUGUUCCCCUACAAUACUGUUUCUUAGAGUUCAGACGUAGUUUCCUUGAAUACCCAAUGCAAUUCAUUCAAGUGCUGCAAAGCUGAACAGAGGAGCUGCCAGUCACAAAAGCACAGUUCUAACUGGUAGUUUUCAAUUAAGUGUACCACAGAGGUGAGACAAAAAAAAAUAAUUAUAAGAAGAGGUGCAAGUAAAACAAUUCUUGAUCAAAAAAGAAUCAGACUGCCAACUAACUUACCAGUUUUCUGGAGGAGGUUAAACUGGCAGCUGUAGGUUGAGUAGCAUGAAUAAGCCUUGUAUUCUUGCCCAGUCUUCAAUCUAAUCGCUACAGUCAUAUGUAUUUGUGCAUGAAGGCUUUGCUGCUUGGCUUUUUUUUUUUCUGUAACUAGAUAGAUCAGGUAAAGUCACUUCCAAUAGCCUAAAUUUUGUUAGUGAAGAGUGAACUGUUAAGAACUAUGCCUACCAACUAUAUUCCAUAUUUUCAAAUGCUUAUACACAUCAGAAAAUGCCAUUAAAUGCUGAAAUUAUUCCCAUCAUAAGACUUGCACAUGCAGUUAGUAUGUGUAUAUCCGGCCUCUUGAAACUGGUAUAAAAAAGGCUCUUGACAUUGCAGUGGCUCAUUGAAACUUUCUACAAAACAGGAAAAAGAGCAUCUUGUUCUUAAUCUACUUAUUUCAUUUACUUGACUGCUCAGUGCAGUCAAUCUGGUAAAAGGGAUGGGUGUUCAGUUGGUCUGAUGUUUGAGUGACUUGAGUUGUGUUUUAAAUGUAAAUAGAGUGUACUCCAUUUUAAACUAGUAAAGUCACAGUCCAGAUUAAACCAAUAACUAAUCAA